AUGCGAGCGCGUUGCGUGGAAGCGGAAAAAGGGUAGACCGAAGAAGAGGAAUAAAAUAGGAAAACCCAAACAAAAAUGAGCAGCUUGGCCUUGUCUUCUCUCAAACUUCCGCCGGUGCUUUUGCUCUCUCCGCCUCCACCCGCCAAGCUCCUUCACCUCUCUUCUUUCUCCUCGUUUCUUCUCAAUAACACAGGUAUUCCCCGAGCAACAUCUAGGGAACUUUUCAGUGUGGUAAAAGUAUCUACAAAGCCAAUAUCAACCAUGGCAACUGAUAAAGAAAUUGUAGGGAGUGUUAAGGAGCAAUUAGCAAAGCUAUUUGAGGAAUCACUUAGGGCAGCAUUCCCUGAUGUUGAAGGUGUGCAGCCUAUGAUUGCUAUUUGCAAUGAUCCAAGACACGGGGACUACCAGUGCAACAAUGCGAUGAGCUUGUGGAAUAAGAUUAAAGGCCAAGGUACCCAGUUCAGGGGUCCUCAACCUGUUGGAAAGGCUAUUAUAGAUAAUCUUCCUGCAUCAGAAAUGAUUGAGAGAUGCUCUACAGCAGGACCUGGUUUUAUUAAUGUUGUAUUAAAAAAGCAAUGGAUAGCAAAGAGCAUUGAGAGGAUGCUAAUAGACGGUAUUGAAACAUGGGCACCAAAGCUUCCUGUCGAAAGGACAGUUGUUGAUUUUUCAUCUCCAAACAUAGCAAAGGAGAUGCAUGUUGGUCAUUUGAGAUCUACUAUUAUUGGAGACACUUUGGCCCGAAUGCUGGAGUUUUCUAAUGUUGAAGUUCUUCGGAGAAACCAUGUGGGUGACUGGGGAACACAGUUUGGAAUGUUAAUUGAGUACCUCUUUGACAAAAUUCCUAACUGGGAAGCUGCUAGUGCCCAAGCCAUUGGAGAUUUGCAGGCGUUCUAUAAGGCCUCAAAACAAAGAUUUGACAAUGAUCCAGAUUUCAAGGAGAGGGCGCAAAAGGCUGUUGUUAGCCUACAGGGAGGGGAGGAGAAGUACAGGAAGGCAUGGACACAAAUUUGUGAAAUUAGCAGAGAAGAAUUUCAAAGGGUUUACGAAAGACUUGGAGUUCACUUAGAGGAAAAGGUACCUUGUUGAGCAUUCUCUACUAUC